UGUACAAGUCCAAGAUCCUCCUAAGGCCACGAUGUCACUGCUGAUGUUUCUGCUAUCUUUGCUGUUGGAUGGGUCUCAAGGUCAGAUGGAGAAAUACUUCCUACAGGUGCAGAGAAUUGUGAAGGCACAGGAGGGUUUGUGUAUCUUCGUGCCCUGCUCCUUCAUCUCCCCUGAGAAUCGUUGGUUUAACUUGUCCCCAGAAUAUGGCUACUGGUUCAAAGAGAUCAGAAAACAAUCACUUCAAUAUCCAGUGGCCACAAAUAACAAAGAUAAAAGAUUAGAAUGGGGAGCCCAAGGGCGAUUCCAGCUCUUAGGGGAUCUCUCCCAAAAGAAGUGUUCUUUGCUAAUCAAAGAUGUUCAGUGGGACGACUCAACAAAGUAUUUCUUCCGGAUAGAGAAAGGAUAUGAGAAAUACAAUUUUAAGGAGACGUUCAUGCUGCAAGUGGAAGCCCUGACUCAGAAGCCAGACAUCUUCAUUCCUGAGAUCCUGGAGCCUGGGCAGCCAGUGACCAUUGUCUGCUUGUUUUCCUGGAACUUCGAGCAAUGCCCAGCUCCUUCUUUCUCCUGGACGGGGGCUGCUGCCUCCUUCCAAGAAACCAGACCACACACCUCCUAUUACUCAGUGCUGAGCUUUACCCCAGGACUUCAACACAAUGGGACUGAGCUCACAUGUCAGCUGGACUUCUCUAGGAAGAGCACACAAAGGACUGUCCAACUAAGAGUGGCCUAUGCCCCCAGAUCCCUUGCUAUCAGCAUUUUCCGUGACAAUGUAUCAGUCCCAGAACUGAAUAGGAAUCCUUCAUAUCUGGAAGUUCAACAAGGCCAGUCUCUACGUCUCCUCUGUACUGCUGACAGCCAGCCCCCUGCUACCCUGAGCUGGGUUCUAGAGGAUCGAGUCCUUUCUUGGUCCAGCCCUGUGGGGUCUAGAACCCUGGCACUGGAGAUGCCCUGGGUGAAAGCUGGGGACUCUGGACACUACACCUGCCAAGCAGAGAACAGGCUAGGUUCCCAGCAACAAACCCUGGACCUCUCUGUGCUGUAUCCACCAGAGGACCUGAGAGUGACUGUUUCACAAGAAAACAGAACAGUGUUGGAAAUCCUCAGGAAUGGCACCUCCCUCCCAGUCCUGGAGGGCCAAAGCCUGUGCCUAGUGUGUGUCACCUAUAGCAAUCCCCCAGCCAGUGUGAGCUGGGUUGGGGCGACACAGACCCUGAUCCCAACCCAGUCUUCAGAGCCUGGGGUGCUGGAGCUGCCUCUGGUCCAGAAAGAACAUGAAGGAGAACUCACCUGUGCUGCACAGAGCCCACUGGGCACCCAGCGCAUCUCUCUGAGCCUCUCUGUGCACUAUCCACCCCAGAUGUCCAGACCCUCCUGCUCCUGGGAUUCUGAGGGUCUGCACUGCAGCUGCUCCUCCAGAGCCUGGCCUGCCCCCUCCUUACACUGGCGACUGGGGGAGGGGUUGCUGGAGGGAAACAGCAGCAAUGCUUCCUUCAAGGUCACCUCUAGCUCACUUGGACCCUGGGUCAACAGCUCCCUGAGCCUCCUUCAGGAGCUGAGACCCAGCCUCUGGCUCAGCUGUGAGGCCUGGAACACCCAUGGGGCCCAGACCACCUCUGUCCUGCUGCUACCUGAUAAAGACAGUUCCGCAGCAUUUUCCAAGGGAGCAGCUUUGGGCUUUGGCAUUACAGCCCUCCUUGCCCUCUGCCUCGUCGUGAUCAUCAUGAAGACCCUACAGAAGAAAGGAACCCAAGAGGAAACCUCAAGGCCCAAAAUCUCACGGGGCAGCACAAUCCUGGAUUACAUCAAUGUGGUCCCCAAGACCAGGUCCCCGCGUGCCCAAGCUCGGAAUUGGAAAGCUGAACCAGACACCCCUUCUGGGAUUUCACCCCUGGACACUCACUCCCCUAAACCAAAGAAGCAGCAGAAGGACCCACGUUUUACAUCCCCUGGUUUCCCAGACCCCAGACCAUCCUCUCAGGCCCCAGUCCCUGAAAAUAACCCAGAAGAACUCCAUUAUGCUGCUCUCAACUUCCCCCGCCUCAGACUACGGGAGACCCAGAAUCCCCAAGACACCUAUUCUGAUUACGCAGAAGUCAGAGUUCAUUGA